AUGGAGGCGUCCGACGACGACGACGCGGGUGGCGCGGCGGGCGGUGCAGGGGACCAGGGUGGCCAGGGUGGUCCUGGUGGCCCUGAGGGUCAGGCCGGUGCGGGCGCAGGCGGUGGUGGUGGUGGUGGUGGUGCGAUUCCGAGGCGAGGGCCAGGCGGAGAAGCGGCGCCUGCGGCCGGAUGGCCCCCAGCCCAUCCGAAUGAGUUGUAUCCUUUGGGCAGAAGCCGCGGUGGCCGGGAGGCCGGAGUCCCCGGGGAGGCCGGGGUGGCUGAGGGCGGCGGGGGGCAGUGCAGGAAGGGGAGCGAGGACGGACCAGCGGCUGCUGGAAGGCAAAAGCUCCAGGGCAGUAGGAAGGCCAGGGCGGCCGAGGGGACAGGAUGGGUGUGGGGGGGGACGGCCUGCGGGGCCGGAGGAGAAGGCGGGCAGAGUGGGUGCGGGGCGCGGCGGCACCGAGGAGAGGAGCCGGGCCGGGGGGACGGGUGGGGUGGGGUCUGUGGACGGUCGGAGGGCCACCCUCUGGGGGAAGCGGGCCUGGGCGACGAGGAGACUCGAAGCACAGGUGACGCUGGUGACAAAUGGCGCCUUGACCAGUCCUCCUGCAGCGUCCUAAGAGUGCCGUUCCUGUGUCCCAUAGAGGCGGAGGCGGCGCGGCGGGCCCUGGCUGCUUAUGAGGAGCCUCACCUGCAGGGCGUUCAGAAGGAGCUGUCGGUGGACGGCAGCUUCCUGAUUGUGAGAUGGACUGCUGAAGAUAGUCGCUGCCUUCAAGUUUCCGUCAGGUCCUUUCUUGACGACCUUGCCCUGGUGCAGCAGGUCAUGCAGCACUUUGGGCCCCUGUUUCCCCCUAUGUCUCUACCAGGAAAAGGGGGCUGAGGCCCAGCCUUCUGCCCCAUGCCAGGCGAUGCUUCCUUUACUGAGGCAUGGCUUCCUGUAGUAGAUGCCACUUCAUUCUUGGAGCCUACUGUUGUUUUUUGGGUGCUCGGGGCCCACUUGUUUCGUUUCCUGGUUGCUGGAGGAGGGAGAUGAUUAAAUGGUUCUUAUUGCAUGAAAUAAAACUGAACUACUGUUCUGCAUCUGAGUUUCUUUUUGGCUACAGCACCAGUGUAUUGCUUUUCUCCUUGGGUUGCAGGGAAGUUCUGAGAUUCAGAUACUCAAGCAGUACAAGGUGAUUGAAGACAGUUUAGGAAAUGGGAGAAAAUGAAAAUCAGUUAAGUCCUACC